UCCGACGCGAGCUCAGUAGCUUCCGCUCGCUAGGCCUAACCCUGGCUGUGACGUUCGCGAAGUGGUAGCAGCUACACGCACGCGCACGCUGUCCGUUGACGCGCGGUUCGUUCUGGAACGCGCAUUGGCGCGCGCGGGGGGCACUUGCUUCGAAGAUGCCGCUGGACGCCUUCUCGGACGGGUGCUGACUUUGGAAAGGAACGGCGCCGCUUGCCGUUGGACGUGUUUUUUUCGCCGUCAAGUUUAGCGCGAGCCCGGAACGUGUGCGAUUUUAUGCCCUACCGUUCGCGUGUGGUAUACUGCGACCGAGACCCAAGAUGAGACGACUGUUGUGGAGGCACGCCGCUUGACAGGUCCGCGUACGCGGCGGUUCCCGGCUCGCUGCGGUCGCCGAGCGUGUCGCGGCGCUGGCUGCGGUCCCCGUGACGUGAGACGUGACCACCGGGAGUGGGGCCACCGGCCGGCGGUGGUGAGUCACGGCGCGCUACUAGGCCAUUGGGAUGCAAGGCUGCAGCGAGCUGGCGCACGCAGGCAGCAGCAACAACCCCCAGGGCCCCCGCGGGGGUCGCGGGGGCGACGUCCCCCACGGCGGAGGUGGGGCCGCCAUGGACGCCGACGGCGAGAAGGUGUUGCAGCGGACGUCGUCCCUGCUCCAGAACAAGGCGUUCACCGACGUCACCUUCAUCGUGGGGCCGCCGUCGGCCUCCAAGAAGUACGUGGGCCACCGGGUGCUGCUGGCCAUGACGAGCCCCGUGUUCGAGGCCAUGUUCUACGGAGACAUGGCCGACAAGUCGAAGGUCAUCCGCAUCGCCGACAUCGCCCCCAUCGGGUUCGAGAACCUGCUCAGGUACGCCUACACAGACAACCUCAAGCUACAGACGGUGGACGACGCCAUGCUGACCGCGUACGCGGCCAAAAAGUACAUCCUGCCGCACCUGCUCAAGGACUGCUUCGCCUUCAUAGAGAAGCACGUGACGCCGCAGACCGUGUGCCAGGUGUUCGAGUUCGCGCAGGUCAUGGAGGCCUACCCGCUGGUGCACCAGUGCCUCAACAUCAUCGACCGGCAGACGUACCACGUGCUCACCUCGACCAACUUCCCCAACGUGGCGCUGCACACGCUAGAGACCAUCGUGCGCCGAAAGUACCUCAACCUGUACUCGGAGUACGCGCUCUAUUCGGCCGUGGUCCAGUGGGGCCAAGAGGAGUGCUCCAGGAGGAACCUGGAGCGGGACAUGGACAACGUGCGUAGCGUCAUCGAGACCGUGCUCCCGCUCAUUCGUUUCCUGGCCAUGAGCCCCGAGGAGUUCUGCAAGGGCCCGGCCAAGAGUGGGCUGCUGACGAAGGAAGAGUGCUUCUCGGUCUUCAUGAACAUGGCCAUCCCGGGGAUUGUGCCUCUGCCAAAAGGCGUCAGCAUGGAGGGCGCCAAGAGGACGUCGCCCCCCGAGCACUUCGUGGCCCGCCGCUACCAGGCCGUGUCCUUCCACGCGCCGUCGCGGCCUCUGCGGCUGUUCGGCCUCAAGUUCGUCGUGCCCACGCGCGACGUGUUCCUCGUGGGCGUAGGCUUUCCCGUGCGCCAGGACCUCGGCUCGUACAGCGUGCGGCAGCCCAAGUUCGACGGCCAGCUGCGCUGCAGCUACAAGGUGCAGGAGGACCGCCGCGAGCGCGAGGAGCUCGACGUGUCCUUCACGCUGGCCAAGGACAAGGACGUGCGGAUCAAGUUCAAGAAGCCCGUCUUCGUGCGCAAGGGACUCGAGUACGAGCUCGAGCUGCAGCUCGGCUCGCUCAUGAGCGACGACGUCAUCGUUCCGUCGCUCAAGAACAGGAAGAAAGAGGACACCGUCGAGGGCGUCACGUUCCAGUUCUCAGCCUUCCAGAGGCCGCACAUGUCCAACGUACUGGAGAUACUCGAGUUCUCCGACUUGCUGUUCUACUUCUGAAUACUCAAGCUCUUCUUUUUUUUUCCCGGAUGCGGACGUUGCCAAGGAGCUCUUCACAGGUCUUGAGCACGCCCUCAACGCCGAGCUUGAUAACGAAGCAGCGACGACGUCAGUGGGUGUCGCGGCUCAAUAACGGGAAUGAGGAAGGACGUGGGUGAACUCCACGUCGGUAACUUUCCAAGUUGUCGCACUUCCAGGGACUCCUACGCGUCCGACGUUCACAAGGAACAUAGUCCAGCUUUCUGACUCGCUGUUCUAGUUGUGAAACCGUUGUGUGGCCCCCGGAGUGCAUUAUCCAAAGAUAUCUGUCUUCAAAAGCAAGUUUGGGUUACAGUGCCCCCCACCUAGAACGGAAAGGAAAAUGUCUACAUCGAAAGCUUUAUUACAGGGCUUUCUAAAGGUCCCACAUACCAGACCUCGCUUGUGCUUUCCGGCCUAUUGUUCUGCUUCUAAUCUUGGACUUUGACGGGACGUCUACUUUCCUUAGUGUAUUAAUUAUUUUGUCACUCUUUGCGACCGGUAAGGUGCAACAUCUGUGAGCAUACCGACACGAAAUCGCACCUCCGUAUUGUCGUUAUUUCAAGGCCAUUAUAGUAAAUGCUACGUCGACGACA